UAAUGCAUAUGAGUGGAUUUCAUGUUGGGUUUGGAUCAAUUGUAUGGAUUUUUUAAUUCUAGGCUUAUUGGUCUCUGCUUCCAGAUCCUUGAGGUCUCUCAAAACAACUAGACUAACUACUACUAAUGGCUGCGGCUUAACUCUAGCCUCUUGCAUGGUCUCCAUUCCUACUAUUAAGCCUCAAACUUCUCUCAAUUUUGAGAUCUCUGUCUUUAAGAAGGAGAAAGUCUCCUUUGCUGGUCACGGUAAGUGUGUUAAAUUUUGGUUUUUAGUACAUUGUGAAAGGACGAAGGAAUUUGUUAAAGUUGCUGCUUGAUGCUUCCAAAGGGAUUAAGCAGAUUAACGUUAUUGGUUGGGGUUCGUUGGUACCAAACA